UCAAAAUCACACGUACAAACCAAAAAAAAAGUCUUCUUUUAUUUGCUUUCUUUUCUUAAAAGAGUUUGAUAAUUAGAGAACUCGAGUUUGGAUUCUUGUUCAAGUCUUCAUUCUGCGGUUCUUGAUUCAUUACCACUAUUUGAAACAACACUCGUAGCAAUCGUUGGUCUUCUCGACCAAAUCAAGGAAAUGGAUAUUCACUUACCAGAGGAAAUAAUUAUGGACACACUUAGCAGGUUACCUGUACAGUCUCUUCUUCGAUUCAAAUGUGUUUCAAAAUCUUGGAAGAAAUUAAUCGUCGAACCUUAUUUUACGAGGAAGCAUCUCAAUCAUGCCAAGAAUAAUCAAAAUUCCCAGAAAUUUCUUAGUUGUCGUCGGUUCCUUGACCCUGAGGAUGGUGUGGUUUCCUACUAUUGCUCUUCUUUAUCGUCAAUUCAACUAAUUGAGUCUGUACCAAAACUUGAUUGCCCAUCAGAUUUUAAACCAUGGCAUGUCAAAAUCUAUUGUUGUUUCGAUGGCUUGUCUAUUAUGGGGGUUAGUAAUUAUAAUAAAACAGAUAUCGUAUUUUUUCUAUGGAACCCCUUCACAAGAGAAUCGGUACUACUUCCCAAUCCAAAAUUUCCACCAAAGAGAAAUUUUGUAUGCGGGAUGGGAUAUGACUCAACUACAAAUGACUAUAAGGUCCUUAAGAUUGGUUUGGACGGAAAUUAUGAUUGUAACGUAUCUAUUGAACUUCUCUCACUAAAAAAAGGCUCCUGGAAUAAAAUUGAUGAAUAUUCCAGUGGCAUUUUCUAUAUGUUUAAUGGUAGGAGCUGUUUGGCCUUUGUACAUGGAGCAUUUCAUUGGCUCGGUUUUUCAAAAAAGAAUUUUAUGAUUUCAUUUGAUAUUUCAAAUGAGGUGUAUGGAGAGAUACCAUUGUCUGAGCAAAUGCUUUUGCGAGCAAGUAGCCUUAUGUUUGAUGUUUCAGUAUUGGAAGAUAUGCUUUGUGUUUUCUCUAAUGAUAUUUAUAUGUGGGGCGAAUUUAUAUUAUGGCAAAUGAAAGACUAUGGCGUCAAGGCAUCUUGGACCAAAUUGAUUGCUAUACAAACUACUGAAUAUAUUUCUCCCAUAUCAGAAAAAGGUGAAGUUAUGCUCCGCCGCAUAGACGGUGAAAGUUGGAUCGUAUUCAUGACAUCAAAUGGACAAGUUGGAUUAUGGCCUCAAAGUUGUAUGACUAUGGGUGGAUUCAUUUCAACGGAAAGCUUGAUCUCUCCAAAAUUACUUGUAUAAUAUUUGGUUAUGUUAUGAGAUGCAUUUUUCUAUUCCAAAUAUAUAUUUACA